AUGGAGUUGCAAUUUUUAGGUCUUCAAAAUUUUCCAUAUGGCGGUUUAUUUUAUUGUCAACGAAUUGCCUCCAAAUUGCAGGUAUGUAAUAAAAGCUUGAAUUUUUACCCUUGAUUAAACAUGUGCUGUAAGCGUUUUAAACAGCUUCAAACCUCCUCCCCCAGCCGAGUAUUUCAUUUCUAUAGUAUUGCUAAAUAAUAUAUAAUUUCUCUUUUUUUUUUUGAAGUAUUGAUUAAAGAAUGUCAAACCAAAGUAACCAAAAUAACAAUGGUUGUAAAGUAUAGUCAUGUAAAUAAAUUAAUUGUGGAACUGAAGUACACAGUUUAAGCAUCUACUUGCCUUCAUGAUGCCACUACCAAAGAGAAAAUUCCACAGUUAAUAACCAAUAAGAGAAAAGAAAUUGUGAGAGAAGAGUAUCACUUAAUCUAACUGCAACACAUCAUAAUGAGCACUGAUAAUUUGCAGAAUUGCUAACUAGUAAGAAUUGUUUGUAACUCAUUCUUUGCUUGGUAACUGACCUAUCUUGAAAUGGACCGCUUUUGCUUUUUUUCUCAUUAAAAAAACAUAUUCAUUUUUUUUUUUUGUUAAAAAACUUCAUUCUUUCCCUUUAUUUUCUGUCCCUACAGGCAGCAGAGAAAGUACCGCAUGUUUGCUGGGCUUUGGUUCGGUGUCUCAAGCCACAUUUCCAAACAUUUAUGCAGCCAUUCGCAAACUCACUAAAUGAUUUAUUCUUCAAAGGUAAGGUUUAUGUUUUUAAAAUCAGUCCCCAUUUUUUGUAUUACCUUAAAGCAUGCAUUUAUCUGCUACAUUCUAAUGUACAUAUAUGCACACUGUAGUCACAGCUACUCUCUAGUAUACUAUUAGUUCAGAAUGUUCAUAAUAAAUACAUUGUACAACUGUUGCUGUUUGACAUAAUUAUUACUCCCGAACUAUAUAUAAUUUACAAAAGGGGACAAAAGGAAAUUGAGUCACUAUAGAGUGACUCACCGGACAACUUCCCUAAAACUUUGCUUUAUAUUUUCUGUAAAGGUGACCUGUAUAUAGUGGUCACCUGUUAGUGUCGAACGGAUGCAGUCACCCUUUAGACUUAGAUGCUAUUCAUUAACUUCCAGUAGAGUUUAAAGAGAACCUGUAUAUAACGGCCACUUGGCCAUUUCCCAAGGGUGACCGUUAUACACAGGUUUAACUUACAACUCUGACUAAAGGAGAUUUGGCAUAAUACAUGUAGAUACAAAUGUGUGCUUUUAAAUUAUUGAAAAUUAUUUUCAAUCAUUAUUUAGCAGCUACAUGUAUGUAUGAAUUUCAAAAUGCUUUGAUGUGUUAUCUGUUAUCAAUUAACUUUGAAGUCUAUAGAAAUUCUGCUGCCCUCAUUUCUACCCUAUGGGUCAACAUCUGAAUAGUCAGGAUUUUUUUGCUCCUUUUUUAUAGGGAUUGAUGUAAAGCUGAAUGGCAAGAACAUGUUGCUUCGCUGUAUUUUACUCUUAGGGACAUUUGAUGCCCCAGCAAAGUGCCUUUUCCAAGAGUUUUGUCAAUUCAAUGCCUUUUAUGGUUGCCCAUACUGCCUGAGCCCUGGCAAAACUGUGCAGACAAGUAGCAAAGGGCACACUCAUGCUUACCCAUUUGAUGAAGCAAAUCUCAGAACUGGUCAUGGGGAACCAAGAACACAUGAACAGACAUUAAAGUUUGCAGCUGAAGCUACCAAGGAAAGUGCUCAAAAGGGCAUCCCAAGUAGUGUUAAAGGGGUUAAAGGCUAUUCAUGGUUUAUGUUUAUUCCAAAGUUUGACAUCAUUAGAGGAAUAGCCAUUGACUAUAUGCACAGUACAUUACUUGGCGUGGUUAAGAUGUUGCUUACCCUUUGGAGUGACAAGACAUAUAAAGCAGAGCCAUGGUCUGUCUGUAAAAGAAUGAAAGAAAUUGAAGAGAGGUACCUAAAGAUUAGUCCUCCUUCUUGCAUCACGCGCCUUCCCAGAAGCCUGAUAGCAAACUUUGGGCAUCUCAAAGCAUCUGAGUUAAGGACUUUCCUGUUGUUCUACUCUGUUCCAUGUCUGUAUGGUAUUCUUCCAGAAGAGUACUUUCAGCACUACCUUCACCUUUGGAAGCCAUUUACCUUCUUCUCCAGGAUUCUAUCUCUCCGAAUGACAUUGUAAAGGCCUCUGCUUUAAUAAAGCAUUUCUGUAUCAGGAUAAAGGAACUUUAUGCAGCCCGCUAUGAAACUUUUAAUGUGCACUGUUUACUUCACAUGACAGAAAGAGUGAGAGAUCUUGGUCCACUGUGGACUCACUCUUGUUUUUGCUUUGAAGACUUCAAUGGGGAAUUAAGAAGCUUAUUUCAUGGUACACAAAGUGUGGAAGAACAGAUUGUGACAGCUGUCAGUGUGCAACAGAGAAUACCUGAGUUGGUUCCUCUCCUCGAAAGUGGAUCUAUGGCUCAAGAACUUUAUGAACACCUUUAAAGAAAGCGUCCCCUUGCUUCCAAAAAGGAAAAACUUCCAGGCAACAGCAACUGCAGCAUCGUGGGCAACUUACAAAAUUAUGUCUUUACUGCUGUUGAGCGAGCUGUAGUCGAAUCCCUAAUUGGGCCAGUUCAAGAAGUGUAUCAGUUUUUCAGAUUACUCAUUGAGAGCAACUGA